AUGAAUACGAUUCAAAUGCUUGGUAGUCCAAACAUUGUGUAUAUUUGUUACGAUCUCUUCCUCGACGAGUGCGAUGAACGAAUUCGGACCGAGAUUUCCGAGAGUGUUACUAAGCGACCAAUCCAUCAGAUUACUCAGAAGGGGAAGGUUUAUAUUAUGCGGAGGGAUGAGCGGUUGGACGUAAAGGUGGCUCAACGUUACGUGCACAUGAGUACCGUCGAUAAAGGACCACGACCCUUCUUUUCUGAUUUGAAAGAUCCACCUUUUUAUAAUGAGCAUGGGCGACGUAUCGAGAGCUGGGAGGAGGGGUAUGUGCCGGUAGCGGCUAUGCUUCGAGAGGAGAGGAUUCGAGAUGAGAGGAGAGGGCAAGAAGAACUAGAUGAUAACAAGAGGCUAGAUAAACAAUAA